AUGUGGACAGUAUGUGUGCCUGGGUGGAGUGCUAUCCUUGUAGCAGGAACACUCCUGCUAUAUGGGACACUAGAUAUAGCCUACUUCGCAAGAAUGAUGUACACAGUCGUCAAGGCAAGGUAUUUUAGGAAAAAAGCGUGUAUUUUGGACACCACGGAAGUUGAAUGUUGGUGCCUCCUUAACGAUAUAGACACACUUCUAUACCACAUGAACAACGCGCGGUAUCUUCGUGAAUUAGACUUCGCUAGAGCUGAUUUCUAUGAACGUACGGGCUUGUACGCGAAUAUCAAAGCGGCUGGUGGCGCGGUCUUGCAAGGAGCGGCUACCAUCAGAUACAGGAGAUAUAUCAAGCCAUUUACCAGAGUUACUAUAAAGUCCAGGGCGGUGUUCUGGGAUGAGAAGACUUUAUUCAUGGAGCAUGAAUUUAUUGGUCCUGGCGGCUUCGUCCAUGCUGUGGCUGUGUGUAGACAACGGGUAAUUGACACGUCAGCCGCGGCUAUUGCAGAACUGCUCUUACAGUUGCAUUGCGGUGGCACCUGCAAGUCUUACCCGCAAAAAAUGCCUCCGGAAUUGGAACUUUGGGUGCAAAGCAACGAGUUAAGUUCUGCAAAACUUAGAUCACAAGCUGCACCUUUGCCGGCCAUUGAACAGCCUGAUCCUUUGGCCUGUGGUGAAGUUGUUACAAAUACUGAGUGA